AUGAAAGUCUCAUCAGACCCGGACACCGCUCCAAUCGUACCCACAUCAUCCCAUGAAAAGACAGACCAGAAUCUCGUCUCAACAAUCGAACAACCAACAGACGAUGGCGAUGUCUACUCCGUCUUCACCCCGACUCAGAAGAAGUUCAUCGUCCUCACGGCAUCCUUGGCCGGAUUCUUCUCACCACUAAGCGGAUCGAUCUACUAUCCUGCACUGAACACCAUCGCAGACGAUCUGGGCAUUACAGCCACCAAAGUGAAUCUUACAGUCACGACUUACAUGAUUGUACAAGGAUUGGCUCCCAUGUUGACGGCGGGCUUCAGUGAUGGAGCUGGCAGAAGACCAGCCUACAUCGCUUGCUUCGUCAUCUAUCUGGUUGCAAACCUUGGCCUUGCUCUCCAAAACAACUUUGCGGCGCUACUGGUCCUUCGCUGCUUACAAAGCGGUGGUAGCAGUGGUACUAUCGCAUUAGCUAAUGGAGUCGUGGGCGACAUAGUCACAUCUGCCGAACGUGGUAGUUAUGUCGCCUUUGCCUCCGUAAGCUCGAUCUUAGGACCGACUCUCUCUCCGAUUCUAGGAGGACUACUCAGUCAAUACUGGAACUGGCAUGGCAUAUUCUGGUUCUUAUUGGCCUUUGGUGGAGUUUUCUUCAUCCCGCUAUUCCUAUUCUUCCCGGAGACCUGCAGAAAUGUGGUCGGCGAUGGCUCUAUACCGGCUCCUAAGCUCAACUGGAAUCUGACGGACAAGAUCAGACAUGCCAACCGGGAGGAAGCUGGACUAAAAGUACAUGAGGCAAAACAGGAAGAACUGCGCAAGAACUACCGACUAACGUUCCCAAACCCAUUGACUACACUCGUCGUUCUCGCCGAUCUGGAAUCGGCCCUGAUUUUGAUCGCUUCUGGAUUGACUCUCUCUUGCUUCUAUGCUGUCAGCACGGGCGCAUCUACGGCAUUCAGGAGUGUCUAUGGCUUCGAUGACAUGCAAGUCGCUUUGAUGUUCAUUCCCUUCGGAGUCGGAGGUAUCGUCUCAGCAUUUACAACCGGCAAAGCUGUCGAUUGGAACUACCGUAGACAUGCGAAACUCAACGGUUUCCCGUUCGUCAAGAAUAAGCAGCAGGACUUGACAGAGUUUCCCUUGGAGAAGGCACGAUUGGAAAUUGCUCUCCCCCUAUUUUACAUCGGUGCACUCUGCGUCUUGGGUUACGGCUGGGUGAUGGACAAGCACGUCUCUCUAGCCGGACCAAUCAUACUGCUCUUUGUCAUGGGAUACGCACUCACAGCAGCAUUCCAAAUCUUGAACAUUGUCAUGCUUGAUGUAUACCCAGGACGUCCAGCGACCGCAUCCGCAGCCAACAACAUUGUCCGUUGCGAGAUGGGAGCAGCAACAUCAGCAGCCAUCAUUCCCAUGACCAAAGCAAUGGGGAACGGGUGGGCUUACACACUACUAGCACUGUUGUUAAUAGCGUACUCACCAGCAUUGUUGCUCACGAUGAAGUCAGGGGUAAAUUGGCGACGUGCAAAGAAGCAAAAAGAAGAACAGAAAAAGAAAAGCAAUACCGAGGAAACUAGCAUUGUAGAGUCUGAAAAAUCCUAG